AUGAUGGCUAAGAAGCCCCCAAAACCAGCGCCCCGCAGGAUCUUCCAGGAGAGGCUGAAGAUCACUGCUCUACCGCUGUACUUUGAAGGGUUUUUGUUAGUCAAACGGUCUAAUCACCAGUAUGUUGGCAAGUUAGACAUAAUAGACCUUGUAUGCCUUACUGACCAAAAUUCAACUGAAAAGAGUUGUGCAAAAUUCACUCUUGUUUUGCCUAAAGAGGAAGUGCAACUGCAGACAGAAAACACAGAAAGUGGGGAAGAAUGGAGGGGUUUCAUUCUUACAGUAACAGAGCUGUCAGUUCCUCAACACGUGUCACUUCUACCUGGGCAAGUGAUUAGACUACAUGAAGUCUUAGAGAGAGAAAAGAAAAGAAGGCUUGAGACAGAACAGCUGCCCAUUAUGCCUGCAGAGAAAGAGGAGCCAGUACAACACGAUGUGGAUGUACCAAACCCUAUGCCAGCAUGUUUUUAUGCAGUUUCCCGGAAAGAAGCAACUGCAAUGCUGGAGAAGAAUCCUUCUUGGGGAAAUAUGAUCCUGAGGCCAGGAAGUGACAGUAAAAACUACUCCAUCACUAUCCGUCAGGAAAUAGAAAUGCCAAGAAUCAAGCACUACAAAGUGAUGAACACUGGGAAGAACUACACCAUUGAACUGGAGAAACCUGUAACACUCCCAAACCUUUUCAGCGUCAUUGAUUAUUUUGUGAAGGAGACUCGAGGGAAUCUGAGACCAUUUAUACAUUCAACUGAUGACAAUCUUGGUCAAGAGCCCAACACAGAAGAAAGAAUCGAGAAGUUUAAGAAAAAUCCAUACAAGUCAUGAAAUAACAUGAAAACUGCCUCCAGAUAUCUUGGUAUUUAUUGUUUUUGAAAGGCUUUCACUUUUAAAGAUAAUUAUCUCUAUUUCCCUGACCCUAGUUUCCAAAUCACUUAUUUAGGCACAAGAAUAAAAUGUCAUACCAUAUAAUUUCAUUGUUCUAUCAGCAGGAAACCAAUUUACUAGUUACCACCAGCUGUCUGUAGAGUACCUUGGUAGAUGCAUUUCUCUGUAUUAAGUGGAAAAAUUUACUUUCUAAAGCCAGAUUUUUGUUUCUCCUUUUCUUCAAUUAAAUACAUUUCAAAUAUUCAAUUUGCACAGAUUAUCUAGAUCCUCUAAAUUCUACUUAUCUUCUAAACCCUACUAGGUUUUUGGUAAAAUCUGAUUGGACCAAUUAAUCAAGUGCAAGUGUUUUUAAAUUAACUAGUUGGUGGUCAGAAAGAUGAAAUGAAUCAGGAAAUGUCCAUCUAGUAGAAAUGCUAUAUGCCACAUAUUAUGUUUAUGGAAAUAAAUGCAAUUCAUUUUUAUGUUCUUCCUUAACACUAUCUUUCUACUAGUUCAAAACUAAAG